GCAAGUUAAGGCCACGUCUUGUACCACGAUAACAAUCAGGUGGAAUACAAAUCCAGACAUCCUCGUCAUUAUCAUCGAUCGAUUGUAAUACGAUGGCUGACGCACGUGCCCAGUUUCCUUUUUUCCAUCCUGCAAAUCAUAAGACCCGCCAACAAUAUUGGUGUGGUGCAACAGAGAUCAUUUUUAGUUUAUAUAGCGUGUCAUUUCGCAGGAAUUUGUUUCCGACACUCCUCAAAAUAAUUGAAGAUGGGGCACUUUUUAACACUACGAUGAUGAGAAUAAUCAUGACAAGGCACUAUGCACGACAGGAGCAAAUUGCAGUCCAUCUUCCACUCUUUCAAAAUGAAUUAAAAGAGACACCUCCAGUUAUAGUUGCGAGAGAAUUAAUGUGGCACAUACGUACGUGCUCAUGCUGUUCACAACUAAAGAAUAUGACAGUACAAACAUUUGGAUUCGGGAAUGGGAUUGUUGACAAAAGACGCAAUGGGUUCAAACUUCAACUGAAAAACAAUGUAUCUAUACUACAACAGCUACCAAUUUUGAAAACAGACAUAAGCAAAGCUGAACGACGUAAAAUCGAUAAAUACAUCGCAUACUUGUGCGAGAAGAAGCCUUUCACGCAGCACGUUCUGGAGCCAGUACCUGCUGAUAAAUUAUACGUAAUCGAUUGCCCUAUGGAGGCAGAAAUGAUUGACAGGGAAGUCGACAAAGAUAAUAUCCUCGACUUUCUUAGUUAUUCAGAAAAAAAAAAAUCGAAGAGUGAAGAGUCCGAAGAGGAUGACGAGGCGUCCGAAGAGGAAGAUGAGGAGUCCGGAGGAGAAGAUGAUGAUGAGUCCGAAGAGGAAGAUGAGGGGUCCGAAGAAGAAGAUGAGGAGUCCGGAGGAGAAGAUGGUGAUGAGUCCGAAGAGGAAAAUGAGGAGUCCAGAGAAAAGGAUGAUGAUGAGGAGAAUACGGUACCGGAAUAUUCUGAGGAUUCGGAUGACGACUAAUAUGCCGACCACAACAUCCUGCGAUUUCCGAGAAAUCAGGAGUACUAUAGAUACGACGGCAAGGCCGGCGUACGCAUCACUCCAGUGAUCAACAGACAUCUUCUUUUUAUAAAUGUAUGUUCUUAUAUUUACCUGAGUGUUUACUAUUAUGUUUAAUCCUCUACUCUCUAGCAUAUGUGUAAAUAGAUAUUGAGAUCAACACAUCCUAGUAUCCCGAGAAAUGAGGGUGAGG